AUGUAUUCGUCUACCGGUCCGUGUAUUCGUCUAACGGGGCAUUUAGUCGUCCACCGUGCAGUGUAUUCGUCCACCGGUCCAUGUGUUCGUCCGACGUGCCGUGUAUUCGUCCACCGGUCCAAGUAUUCGUCCACCGUGCCGAGUAUUCGUCCAACGGGCCAGGUAUUAGUCUACCGGGACGUGUAUUCGUCCAGCAGGCCGUGUAUUCGUCCACCGUGCCGUGUAUUCGUCCAAAGAAACAUGUAUACGUCCACCGUGUCGUAUAUUAGUCCAGCGGGACAUGUAUUCGUCUACCGUGCCGUGUAUUCAUACAGCGGGCCGUGUAUUCGUCCAGCGGGCCGUGUAUUGGUCCAGCUUGCCGUAUAUUCAACUAGCGGUUCAUGUAUUCAUCCAGCGGGCCGUGUAAUCGUCCAGCGGGCCAUGUAUUCGUCCACCGUGCCGUGUAUUCGUCCAUGUGCCGUGUAUUCGUCCACCCUGCCGUGUAUUCGCCCACCGUUCCGUGUAUUCGUCCACCGGGCCAUGUAUUCGUCCACGUGCCGUGUAUUCUUCCACCGGGCCAUGUAUUAG